UUCCAAUGUUUUGAAGUGUCCUUGGCAAAAAUCUCAACAAUCCACAUGAUUUUAGCAUUCCCAUUAAAACCCACCAAAAUGAUUCUCACCAACUCCACCAUCUCAAUCUCAAGUUUUCAAAAACCCUCAUCACUCUACAUGUCUUCUAUCUAUCUUUACUACUCACUCCACACACAAUCACAUCAACCAUAUUCGUUCCUUUUUCAACACAACCUCACAUCCCAAACUUCUCUUUCGUUAUAUGAUUCACUCACCCCCUUCUUCAAGAUAGUUCCACUUCCUUCUACCAUCAAGGUUUUAUUAUGCGUUAAGAUGCUUUUUUACGAAGGUAAACAAGUUCACAGUGUUUGAUUUCAUGGUUGUUAAAGAUUUAGUGUGGUGAGAUUCUUUAAUUGAGCGGUUUGUUAGAAAUGGGGAUGUUGAAUUGGCUUUGAAGGUGUUCGAUGAAAUGCCUAGUUGGUAGGGAUACUUUUACUUGGACGGCUGCAAGAAAAUUUUAAAUUUUUAAUCAGGAAAACUCAAAAUUAAUUUUGAAAAUAGAAAUAAAGUUAAUAGACCAAAGUUAAUAUUUUAAAAAUUGGGUAGCUAAAAUCGCAGGAUUGUAAAAAUUGAGGGCCAAAAUUGCAUUUUUUUUUUUUGGGUCAAGUAGGGAUCUUGUGGUUCAAAUAACUCGCAUUUUUGCAUAUGAUGUCUUCUACGAGACAAAAAUGCAUUUUAAUGUUAAACAUAGAAAAACAAGCAAUUAAAACAAUUUUUUUCUUCUAUAUUUGACAUGCUAAAACCAAACAACUUUUACAUAGACUGAAAGUGAAAACUUGGAUACAAAUAUCCUUAGAAUACUCUUUAGUCUUUACAUAUAUUUUUUUAAUAUACUACUAGGUAUUUUUGUUGUAGGAACAUUAAUUCAUUGACAUUUGACAUUUUGAGUACAUGAAUGAGUUAAUGACAUGUCAACUCUUAUUGUAGCUAACAGUUACUAUGUUCCCUCCACAUUCUUUUUCAAACAGUCAAACGUAUCCAAUCAUGCAUGUCUGUUUUGAUCACACAUAAGAGCAAAAACGUGUGUAUAAAAAAUUGAGAGUUGAAUUAGAGUCAUUUUCCAUAUAAAAAAUAUCAACAGUGUCUAUUGAAUAGAAAAGCUAGGAAGUGUGACAUUAUUUUCAAGAAAUAAAUUUUGUACUACAUGUUAAUCCUUUGUUGCUGAUUUGAGUUAAUUUCUUUUUCUGCUUCUUGCUUUCCUUCGGCAGCCAUUUUAUGAUUUUCUUUCUUUCACUUAUUGAUUCAAUGAAACUCAAAAAUGGGUUAUUAUUGUUCUUUAUGUUUCUGGAUUGUAUUUUUCUCAAAGUGGAAUCUAAGUGUGUAAAAGGGUGUGAUGUAGCUUUAGCUUCCUACUAUGUAAUGCCUUUAGUUGAACUCUCAAAUAUAACAACCUUUAUGCAAUCAAAGAUUGUUACCGAUUCUUCGGAAGUUAUAAUCAGGUACAAUAGAGACAUAGUAUUCAGUAAUGAUAAUCUUUUUUCCUAUUCUAAAAUCAACAUUCCAUUCCCAUGUGAAUGUAUUGGAGGUGAAUUUCUUGGGCAUGUGUUUGAAUACACAGCAAAUGAAGGAGAUACUUAUGAUUUACUUGCAAAUACCUAUUAUGCAAGCUUAACAACUGUUGAGGUUUUGAAAAAGUACAAUAGUUAUGAUCCAAAUCAUAUACCUGCUAAGGCUAAGGUUAAUGUCACUGUUAAUUGUUCUUGUGGGAACAGUCAGAUUUCAAAAGACUAUGGCUUGUUUAUUACCUAUCCGCUUAGGCCUAGGGAUACUCUUGAGAAGAUUGCAAGCCAUUAUAAACUUGAUGAAGGGGUGAUACAAAGUUACAAUUUGGGUGUCAAUUUCAGCAAAGGCAGUGGGAUAGUGUUCUUUCCAGGAAGAGAUAAAAAUGGAGAAUAUGUUCCUUUGUAUCCUAGAACAGCAGGUCUGGGUAAGGGUGUUGCAGCUGGUAUAUCUAUAGCAGGAAUAUUUGCGCUUCUGUUAUUUGUAAUCUGUAUAUAUGUCAAAUACUUCCAAAAGAAGGAAGAAGAGAAAGCUAAACUUCCACAAAUUUCUACGGCACUUUCAGCGCAAGAUGGUAAUGCCUCAGGCAGUGGAGAAUAUGAAACUUCAGGAUCUAGUGGGCAUGGUACUGGUAGUACUGCUGGCCUUACAGGAAUUAUGGUGGCUAAGUCAACUGAAUUUUCAUAUCAAGAACUAGCCAAAGCUACAAAUAACUUCAGCUUGGAUAAUAAAAUUGGUCAAGGUGGAUUUGGAGCUGUCUAUUAUGCAGUACUCAGAGGCGAGAAAACAGCAAUUAAGAAGAUGGAUGUACAAGCGUCCACCGAAUUUCUUUGCGAGUUGCAAGUCUUAACACAUGUUCAUCACUUGAAUCUGGUGAGGUUGAUCGGAUAUUGUGUCGAGGGAUCACUUUUCCUUGUAUAUGAACAUAUUGACAAUGGUAACUUGGGUCAAUAUUUGCACGGUAUAGAUAAAGCACCAUUACCAUGGUCGAGUAGGGUGCAAAUUGCUCUAGAUUCCGCAAGAGGCCUUGAAUACAUUCAUGAACAUACUGUACCUGUGUAUAUCCAUCGUGAUGUAAAAUCAGCAAACAUAUUAAUAGACAAGAACUUGCACGGAAAGGUUGCAGAUUUUGGCUUGACAAAACUUAUUGAAGUUGGAAACUCCACACUUCACACUCGUCUUGUUGGAACUUUUGGAUACAUGCCACCAGAAUAUGCUCAAUAUGGUGAUGUUUCUCCAAAAAUAGAUGUAUAUGCUUUUGGAGUUGUUCUUUAUGAGCUAAUUUCAGCAAAGAAUGCUGUUCUAAAGACAGGUGAAUCUGCUGUUGAAUCAAAGGGUCUUGUAGCCUUGUUUGAAGAAGCACUUAAUCAAAUUGAUCCUUUAGAAGCUCUUCGCAAACUGGUGGAUCCUAGGCUUAAAGAAAACUAUCCAGUUGAUUCUGUUUUAAAGAUGGCUCAACUUGGGAGAGCAUGUACAAGAGACAAUCCAUUGCUACGUCCAAGUAUGAGAUCAUUAGUUGUUGCUCUUAUGACACUCCUAUCACAUACUGAUGAUGAUGACACUUUCUAUGAAAAUCCAUCUCUCACAAAUCUAUUGUCAGAGAGAUGAAGGGUUUGUGUGUCAAAUUGAAUGAUGUUUGUUAAAAACUUUUAGAAGCAUACAGCCAAAAGGUUUGUACUUAGAACAUAAUAUUCAGGUUAGGAAGUUUUGAUCUUGUGUUCAAAUUUUAUUUCCCAAAAUAGUCAAAAAGUCCUAGAUCUCAAGACAUUCUGUAAUUAUAUUUUUAGUGAAGUUGUAACACUAAAGUACAGUUUAUA